ACGUUAGUGACGGUCUCUGUGCGGACUCGUAGGGCUGCUGCCUGCGUGGUGCGGCGUAAAUGCCGGGCUGCAAUUCACAGCAGGGUGUCGCGUCCUUUCGGGAUUCGUGCGGCGGGAACACCCGCGGGACCCACGGUCAGCACGCCCGGGAUUUCUUACAUGCCUGUUUUCCUCAAAAUGAGUGUUAGUAUCACCUUUUUAAGACCUUUUGCCAGGUUUUUGGUGCCACUUACCCUUCAUGGCAAGAAAAGGAUUUCACAUUCAACAAUUUUGCAGAGAUGUCUGACUUCCAAAAUACCAAAUGUGUCCUCUCCUAAUAAGGAAAACACAUCACCUCCUGAGCAGCUGGAAUUGGAUAGGUGGAAAAUUACAAUGAAGUCUAGUGUUCAAGAAGAUGUUUCAACAGUUUCGAGUAGCAAGGAUGAAGAUCCACUAGCUGCCACCAGGGAAUUAAUUGAGAUGUGGCGAUUGCUUGGCAGAGAAGUACCAGAAUGCAUCAGUGAAGAAGAGCUCAAAACUGUUAUGGAAUGUGUUUCUAAAUCAUCAAAAAAAAAAUAUUUAAAAUAUUUAUAUGUGAAGGAAAAAGUGAAAAAAGCUAAGCAAAUAAAAAAGCAAAUGAAAGCAGAAGCAAAUGAAAAAGCAAAAAAAGACAGGCUACCAGAAAGCACUACGGAAGAUAAAAAAGACUUUCUAUUUCUACGACUCUGGGAUAGGAAUAUGGACAUUGCCAUGGGCUGGAAGGGUGCUCAGGCCAUGCAGUUUGGACAACCUUUGGUUUUUGACAUGGCUUAUGAUGAUUAUAUGAACCCUAAAGAAAUGCAGUAUACAGUUUCCCAACUUUUAGAGAGUGAAGGAUGGAAUAGAAGAAAUGUUGAUCCUUUCCAUAUUUAUUUCUGCAAUCUUAAAAUAGAUGGUUCUUAUCAUAGAGAGUUAGUUAAACGUUAUGGAGAAAAAUGGAACAAAUUACUUUUAACAGCAACAGAAAAGUCUUAUGUGGAUAUAUUUCCAAAAGACAGUAUUAUAUAUUUAACUGCAGAUUCUCCCAAUGUUAUGACUUCUUUCAAGCAUGACAAAAUUUAUAUAGUAGGAUCUUUUGUUGAUAAGCAUAUGCACCCAGGAGCAUCCCUAGCCAAGGCAAAACGACUAAAGCUGGCAACACAAUGCCUUCCAUUAGAUAAAUAUUUACAGUGGGACACUGGCACCAAAAAUCUCACCUUAGAUCAAAUGAUACGUAUUUUGUUGUGUCUGAAAAACACUGGUAGUUGGGAAGAGGCUCUGAAGUUUGUUCCUAAGAGAAAACAUACUGGUUAUAUGGAAGUUUCUCAGCAUUCUUAUGAAUUUGUCAACAGAUUGAAGAAGUCAAAGACACUCAGUUCAUUUCCAAAACGUUCUUUAAACAGACGCAAAGAGAGGUGGAUUGAAUGAGAGUAUUUGAUAGCUUAACAGAUUGAAAAAACAGUUCAUUAGUCUAUUUCUUUCCAGAUGGAAUUCAUUUGCUCUUUCUUUUAAAGGUAGUUUUUGUAAACUAACUCAAAUAUUUCUUUUCCCAAUGAAGUAUCUGUAAAACAAUGGAAAUCUACUUUGUUAUAAGAAGAAACUUUAAUCUUAGUAAAAGGAAUUAUCCAAGUUUGUUGAGCCCAAUAAAACAAUGAUACCACUGGUUCACUGGUUUGACUUUUUUCAAUUUUUUUAAAAAGAUUUAUUUAUGCAUACGAGAGGGGUACAGGCCAGAGGUACGAAGGGUGAGAGGAUUCACCAGAGGCAGAGUGGGGAACAGAACAGGCAGACGGACUGAAAUAACACUGCUGAGGAGUAACCGGUGAGACAGGAGAGGUCUGCUGCACCAUGUGGGUAGCGCUGUGUCUGGCAGAGGCUGUGGAUAGCUUCACAGUGCUGUGCUUUAACCCCUUGUGCCACCAGAGAGGCCCAGUUUGACUUUUUUAAAUAAAUACUUUGAGUAUCAGAUUCCAUUUUCCUUCUUAAAUGUUCUUGAGCCAUGUCAAGGUACCCUUUCAUAAAAAUUGAUAUAGAGGGCCUCCCCGGUGGCGCAGCGGUUGAGCGCUGGGUUGCGAAGCCACCCGCGGCCUCUGCGGCGCCGGUUCGAUCCCCGGCUGCACCCCAGCCACCGGAGGAGGGUCCCACAUGGCGUGCAGACCUCUCUUGCCGCCCGCUGCUCCCCCCAGCAGUGUACUUCGGUCCUUCUGUCUGCUCUGCUCCCCGCUCUGGCUCUGGUGAAUUCUCUCACCCUUCCAUGCUUCUGACUGUACCCAGUGCAUGUAUAAACAAAACAAACAAAUAAAUAAAACAUGCCUCUAUAAAAAUAAAUUUUUAAAAAAAUUGAUAUAGAAAAGAUUUCUAAACUUAAGGCAGUUGUUCACUUGUUAAGUAACAUUUGGUACAGCGCUGGGUAUGACACUGGUACUAAGGUAUAUUGUUCAACUGAAUCUUGGAUAAGCAGAAAAUUAAGCCAUCCCUUGACAUGUCAUGGGAGUUGACUAUAUUAUGGAAAUUGGGUGGAAAACUGGAUACUGUAGAAAAGAGUGAAGCUUAAAAACAGACUAAUUUCUGAACUGUUACCUCUGCUUCCAGCUAUAUAUAUAUAGAUUUGCCUUUAUCUUGAAUGGUUGUUCAAAUCUCAUGUAAUGCCCUGAUAUCCCUCUAAUAAAUUCACUUUUUUGCCUAAGCCAGUUUGAGUUGGGUUUCUGCCACUUGCACCUAAUGAGUCUCCUUGAAAACAGUAAAGCGAUGUUUGGCCAACUAUUUCUACUUACUUUCUGAAUUGAAAAUUAGCAUGAUAUAUGCUACCCAGUACAUUUCUUAAAGCUGGACGUAAUCUGUUUACACAAUACUAUACCUAGUCUGCCAAAUGGUAGGCCAUUUACAUGCACUAGUUACAGGUAAUGUCAUUAACACCAUUUUUUUUAUAGAUAAGGAAAAUUUACACAAGAUAAUUCAGCCUUUAAGUUUGAGCUUAAGGGGGCCUCUUGGUGGCAUAGGGGUUAAGUCUCAGCGCUAUCAAGCUAUUGCCAGCCUCUGCUGCAUGAGUUCAAUCACUGACAGGGAGCUGACCCAAGUGGCAAGUUGACCUAUCUCACCCCCUUCUCCCCUCCAGAGUCUAUUUUGUACAUACGCCUGUUCUGCUCUUUACUCUGUCACUGGUGAAUCCUCUUGAGACACAGGGUAAGUUAGGGUAAUUAGGCAGUUUUAGGGACACUACAGGAGGGGACCUCGGAGAAUUGAGGAAGGCUUCAGAGAUAAGGGCAGCAAGAGGAAUGUAACUAAUUCUACCUGGAAAAACAAACAUCCCAGGACCAAGGACAACAUUGUUAAUGCUGGCCUUGGUUUCCUUCAGGUGGUAAAGGGAGGCAGAGAUUGGAGAAAUGGAGAGUGGUUUAAUUUAUGGACAAAUUAGAAGGGCAGCUGUUUAGCUUCAAUGCAGGAUGCUCAUCCAGAGGACUGGGCCAUAAAGAUAAAGAAGUAACAAAUGGGGAAAGACAAACCUGUUAGAUAAGGAAUGUGAAGAUCCCCCACUCAGUAACAAAUUAAGUGAAACAGCAGAGAACUAUCCAAUCACAAAGAGACUGGAGGAGCUUUACAAUAAUUAGGGAAAGAAGGUAUAUAUUCCCUGAGACACGACUCCACUUUGGUUUACUUGCCCCUCCCAGGCCUGGUUUCCUGGCCUGGCAGUCCCACUUUAUUUCUGUUCUUUUUCUCCUCAAUAAACUUUUUCUUUCUCUAAACAAACCUGCCUCUUCUCGCUUGCCUGAGAGUCUGCGAAGUUCCUGCUGCGGCUUCGUGAGACACCAACCCGUGGUGGUCUAGUGGCUGGGUCUCAGCACUGCCUCUGCAGUCUGGGAUCUG